AUGAAGGACAGCCUAAGCAAAUCGCUCUACGAGCGCGAGAUCUCCGAACUGCCCCUCCGCACCAAGAGCCACCGCAAGCUCUACGGCGACCGCCGACUCGUCGAGAACCUGGACAUUGUGAACGAGCUCGACGGCCACUCCGGAUGUGUCAACGCGCUCUCCUGGAGCAAGUCGGGGGAGCUGCUGGCGAGUGGAAGCGAUGACCAGCACUUGAACAUCCACCAGUACCAGCCUCAUGAUGCGGAUAGUCAGUUCAAGCUGGCGACGAGCGUGGCGACGGGACAUAUGGCGAAUAUCUUCAGUGUGAAGUUCAUGCCUCACUCUAAUGAUAGGACUGUGAUUACGGCGGCCGGGGAUCAUGAAGUUAGGGUCUUUGAUCUCGAGUACGCUGGACAGGCGAGGGAGGCUUCGAGAGCGUCUGCGAUGGCUUCUGAGGGCAGGAGGGGAAGGAGGCAUAAUGUUUAUGAUGGGGUGAGGUAUUUGAGUGACGGUGACACGGACGCGAGGGUGUAUCGCAGUCACGGGGAUCGGGUGAAGAGGAUCGUGACGGAGUCGAGCCCGCAUCUGUUCCUCACGUGCUCCGAGGAUGGAGAGGUGCGGCAGUGGGAUUUAAGGCAGCCGAGUUCGGCAUACCCGCCUCCGAGGGGUGGACGGUUCAGCAAUACGACGGACAAUUCGCUGCCGCCGCCGUUGAUCUCGUAUAAGCGGUAUCAGCUAGACCUUAACAGCAUUUCCUGCUCGGCGUCGCAGCCGCAUUAUAUUGCGCUGGGUGGUGCGCAUCUGCAUGCCUUCUUGCAUGAUCGUCGGAUGGCUGGACGGGAUCGGAUGCAGGAGGCUGGCAAGCCGCUUGGUUCUCCCAAUGGCCGGUCUGGGGAUGAAGAGGAGUUGAUGGGUCAAGCGACGCAGUGCGUGAGGAAGUUUGCGCCGAAAGGGCAGAAGAAGAUGAGUCGAAGGGAUAAUGGGCACAUUACUGCGCUGAAGAUCGGUGAUGCGAGGCCGAAUGAGAUGAUUGCCAGUUGGAGCGGGGAUCAUAUCUACAGCUUUGAUCUGGUGAACAGUCAAGAGGCUGGCGGGGAGGGUGACGCGAUAGCCGAGAAGAACGGUGAGGGUAAAAGGGUGAAGGAGGGGAAGGAUCGGAAGAGGAAGAGGCAGGCGAGCGCGAGCCAGACGUCUUUAAGCCAGGGUGCCGGAAGGCCGAAGUCAAGACCGCGGACCGGACAGAGCAAUGAGGCCGCGCUGCGAGUUCGAUAUCAGAACGGUCAGAGCGAGGACAUACCACUCUCCGCCUCGUCGCGCCACCGAAACCGCCCCCUGACGGAACAAGAGCGCAACGCCCAACGCAUCGCCAAAGCGAGCUCCAACGUCCGCUCCUCCCUCUUUGGCACCACUUCCUCCCAGCAACGCGAAGCCCGCUACACCAACACCCUCAGCCACUGCGCCGCCAUCUUCACCGACCUCGACGAAGAGAUGCGCGACUGGCGCUACCCCGUCGACCCCUCGGCGGAAAUGGUCGUCGUGCAGCAAACGCUCCGCCAGAACCGCGAGAGCACACGGCGGUUCGUCCAAGCCGCUGGCACGAUCGCGAGGGUGAUGGGAGGCAGGCUCCAGACACCUUCCGCCAACCAGCCGCUUCUCGCGGCUUUCAGCGCGAUCGAGACGCGCGGCUCCGAUCGCCCGUUGAACCAACGCGAGCAGUUCGGGUAUGAUUUCCUGAAAGCCACUCUUCUCUGGCUGGACUCCGGGCUCGGCGCUUUAGUCGAGGGUUUCACGCGCCCGGCGGAGAUGCUGCCGGACGUCAAAGCGGCGAAGCGCCUGCCCAUUCCCGCGGAGGAAGCGGGGGUAGAAGCGAUCGAUGAGUUCCUGAUCCCUUACCUGUUGCGAAUGGCGAGCGAGCAGCCUGUGACGGAUUUGGACGCGAAUCGCUUCGAAGUGGACGAGAAUACGCAGUUGUUCGCGACCGAAAAAGCUGCGGUCCUCGCGUUCGCUGCGGCGGUUAAGAUACCUUUCGCCGACCUCUCGUCUGCUGUCGUACUGGCCGAGCAGGAGCACAGCGAAGGCGAAGAGCGCGUGCAAGCCCAAGACCGAGGCGCGGCUGUGCGGUUCUGGGGCGAAAAGGUGGCGAGGGGGGUGCUGUUGAAUGCGGCGGAGGGGGUGAAUUUCGUGUUUGUUAGUCGGGCUUUUGGCGGGCCGGGGAGGGUUGUGAGGGAGGUUGCGCAGGAAGAGGAGGCGAUGGAGAGGGUUAGUGAGGGGGAUGAGGAGGAGGUUGAAGUGGGGAGUGUGGAGGUUGGUGGGGAGGAAGUUGGGGUUGGGGAGAUUGCUGAAGGUAUUAGGGAGGCUAGGGAGAGGGAGAGGGAGAGGGAGGGUGGGGGUGUCGGGGAGGAAGAGGAGGAGGAGGAGGAGGAGAUGAUACUUGAGGAAGAGGACGACGAUAGUGAUGACAGCGAUAACGAUGAUGAGAACGACGACAACGACGAUGAAGACGUAGACAUGGACUCUCCGACCGACGACGACUCCGAUACCUCCUCCCUCUCCGAAGAAGACGGCGUGCCCAACGUCGGCAUCCCGCGCUUCCUCCGCGCCACCGCUUCUACGAGAUCGAAGUUACGCUAUUCCGUCAACGCGGGGAUUCCAUGUCACUCCGCCGUGCGUUCCUACCGCGGGCACUGCAAUGUGAAGACGGUGAAGGAUGUGAACUACUUCGGUCUGGACGACGAGUACGUCGUGAGCGGAAGCGAUGAUGGGAAUUUCUUCGUCUGGGACGCGAAGACGGGGGAGUUGGUGAAUGUGCUGGAGGGGGACGGGGAGGUGGUUAAUGUGGUGCAGGGGCAUCCGUACGAAACGAUGAUGGCAGUCAGCGGCAUCGACCACACCAUCAAGAUCUUCUCCCCCGACGCCCGCGCGCGCGACUCCGCCCGCCUCGGCCGCGGCAUCACCGCGCACGAUAGUAGCGAGUUCUCCUCGCUAGCCUGGCCGGCGCGUUUGGGCCGCCGUCGCGCCUCGCGCCGCAGCGAAACCACUACUGCAAAUGGCGAGCAGAACGGCGCUGUGACGUCCGAGCCCGCCGUCCCUGUCCCGGCUCGUGAUAGGGAAGGCCCGGAUGGCGAUGAAGAUGAGACGUAUGUCGCAGAGAACGGGCUGCGGAGCAGGAGGCGCAUGGCGGAUGCGUAUCGGAUUAUGAACCAGAAUGAUGUGCAGCGGCAGGGCGGGAACCAGGAUGUUUUCUUGACGGUGAGUGAUCUGCACGAUACCUUCGGCGUGUCUUUGUUUGAAGUCGAGAUGUUCCUGCGGCGGGGGCUGUGA